CUUAUAUUUAAAUGUGUUUGUAUUUAUCCCCAAUGAAUAAGCCUGAGGUGACACUGUGGUGAGGAAAAACUCACUUAGAUGGAAGAGGAAGAAACCAUGAGGAACCAGACACAAAAGGAAGGAGGAAGUAUUCUCAAUGCUCACCAGCUUUCCCAAUUUAAACUCCAGCAUGUCAUACUUUAUAUAUCCACUAGGUGGAGCCUCAUCCACAACAUAUAUAUCUGCUUAUAUUAUGGUCGUGUCAGUGAUGGGAAGUUGCUCUAACUGGUAUUAUUUAGUACAAAGCCUACACUAAAACAUUCAAGUAUGUUUUUUAAAUAUAGACUUUAAAUAGUUAUAACUUUCUUAAUAUUAACACAUUAAGGCUUUAAUCUGAAUCAUGUCCAUUGACAUGUUUAUCCAAAUAUCCAAAUGUUUAUAGAAAAAAUGCAGACUAAUGUUAAAAACAAAAACAGCAAUAUUAAAUUUGUACUGUUUGUGGUUAUAGUUAUGAAAUACAAAAUAAUACAUUAUAAAAAAUAAUACAUGUAUAUUAUUAAUUCUAAUAAUUAAUAUAUUUAAUAUAUUUACUCUGGUCAAAUCCCUGACACAACUAACCUACUUAUUCAUAAAGAAGAAGAAAACAGACAUUUAAACUGAAUUCCGAUCAAUUUAAUAUCCAUAUACCAGUAGACAUAAUGCUACAUUGGAAUGCAUUUCCAUUUCUCUUAUUAACCCUCAAAUAAGCAGCUCGUUGAUCAAUACCCUGUAGUUGCAGUGUGGUGUUUGACACUUAACCACUGAGUUACCACUCUCAUGUCCGACGGAUUCACGUUGUUUGUGUUUACACGAUGUAGGCCCACAGAAGACAAUGCCCGACUUUAACACCUCCCUCGAAAGCAGUCGGCUCCUCUUGCCAACAGCAGAGCUGAUCUCACACCCAGAUGUUAGUUACAGCAUGCCAAAUUUUAAGCAGCUAGAAUGUGGAGCCUCUUGUAUGUAAUUACAUAAUUAUGAGAUUUAUUCAAUCUAUUUUAUUCUAGGCACAAACUAUUAGUUCAGACUUAGACCAUAGUAAAGUAUUUUCGAGAACAGUGUGUCCUGACUUAUCUCCCCCACAUAUCUACAAACCUUUCCUGUUAGUUUCAUUGUUAAGGAUCCUUUUUUUUUAGUCUUUUUCGAAACCAUGGUUUUAAUAUAAUUAUUUUCAAACCUAUUUCAGAGUCAUUAUUACAAUCAGUGUAAUCUGAUAGAAUAGCAGAAAUACAUUUCAGAUAAAUACAAUUACAAAAUGCAUUCAAAUACGACUCACAUGCAUAUAAAUGUGCAUCAUAUAUAUUAAUUAUAUUUGGUUUAAUAUUGAUUUGUUGACUCAUUUUGCAGAAAUAUUACUUUGGGCUACACAUGUCAGAAAAGCAUGUACACAUCUCCACAUCUGCUGAUAAAGGCUUAAGGAGUUCAGACACUUGUUUUCAUCUUUGUCUGCCUGACCUGUCUCCUCCAGCUCAGCACAUACUUAAGACUAUUAACCCAUGGCAACCAAGAUGGUCAUCGAUCAGCCCAAGCCGGUUAUAAGCACACCAAGUGUGGAACAGUGGUCCAGCGGUCUCUGCGAGUGUGACAGCAUCUGUGACUGUUGCUUUGCAUUCUGGUGUUACCCCUGCUUUAACUGCAUCACGGCCAUGGACCACGGCGAGUGUUUGUGUCUACCUCUGCUAGAGUGCUGGGGACUCAUCCCGCCCAUUACCAUGGCCAUGCGAGUGUCUACCAGACUCAGCUAUGGCAUUGAGGACACCAUAUGCAACGACUGCGUGUACGCCUGCUGCUGUGGUCCGUGUUCUUGGUGCCAAAUAAGGCGAGAGAUGAAGUCCCGUCACCAUCCUGUCACAAGCUUCCAGAGAAGGAAAUAAUUAUCCAUCAUCAUCAUCAUCAUCUCCUGCAUCAGAGGAAAUUUAACACCAUCAGAAUCAUUCAAGUGACAACAGAGACACUUUUAUUCAUCCUUUGUUUGGGGCUCAGGUCUGAUAUGUGUCAGUCGAAAUGCUCAUGUAUGAAGACGUAUACAUUAUAAGAAAAAAUGUUCAAUGUAAAAUGUUCAAUGCCCCUUUGUAUUUAUAAUGAUUAGCUUAUUAUAUUAUUAGUCAUUCUUGCCUGUGUAACAUUUACUCAAUCAGCACUUUUGAUAACUGCUCUGAUUCUCAAACUCAAUACAAGCUUU